AUGCUGCUGGUGAUAUUCGCCAGGGCGGCAAUUGCCGCAACAGUCACAUACAACUGGAAUGCUACUUGGGUAUGGAGAAACCCUGAUGGGAAGUAUGCCCGACCAGUUGUCGGCAUCAACAACGACUGGCCAUGCCCUAAAAUCGAGGCCACAGUCGGCGACACCGUUGUUGUCAACCUGGAAAACCGAUUGGGCAACCAAACGACAGGGUUGCACUUCCAUGGCUUGAACCAGAUCACCACAGAGGAUAUGGAUGGGCCUAGCGGUGUUACCCAGUGCCCUAUUCCCCCUAAUUCUACUGUCACGUACCGUUUUGUCGUCGACACUGCCGGUACUUAUUGGUACCACUCCCACAACUUUGGGCAAUACCCCGACGGCCUGCGCGGGCCCCUCAUCGUCCAUGAUACGGAUGACCCUUAUGCCAACGACUACGACGAGGAGGUGAUUAUCCUCGUCUCCGACUGGUACCAUAAUGACAGUAUCACCGCUGUCAAGAACAUGAUUCAGCCGAGCAACACUCAGUUCGCUCCUCCGAUUCCCGACGCCCUCCUCGUCAACGAGGGCCUCGGUGCCAACAUCAACUUUACAUCGGGAAACACUUACCGCAUCCGCCUGAUUAACGUGGCCGCCUUCGCCUCGGCCAUGAUCCACUUCAGCUCUCACACCAUGAAGGUGAUCAUGAACGACGGUUCUUAUCUCAAAAAGAAGGACGCCUCUCAGCUGCGUGUGGCUCCUGCCCAGCGCUAUGACUUCCUGCUCGAGGCCUCCAGCCGUGACAGCGGGAACUAUCCCUUCUUGGUCUCGCUGGACAUCAACCGCGACUGGACCAACUCGACAGGCCUGCAAUGGCCCAUGAACUACACAGGCUACCUGGUCAUGGACGACUCUCAGUCCUUGACUGGAACCGACGUCGUCGACAAGUGGGAUCCGGCCGACGAGUCCAAGUUCGAGGCCCAUGACGGCGCCGCUGCGUUCAGCUCGUACGAUAAACUGAUCCAACUCGACUUCAACUUCUGCUUUGACGAGAACGGGUACCCUCGGGCCUGCUUCAACAACCUAACCUACAUCGGGCAGAAGGUGCCGACGCUCUACAGUGCGGCAACCACGGGUGACGACAACACCAACCCAGAUGUCUAUGGCCAGGUCAACCCCUUCAUCGUCGAUUACGGCGAUAUCGUCCAGAUCGUCGUCAAUAACAUCGAUGCCGCAACGCACCCGUUCCACUUGCACGGUCAUCACUUCCAGAUCCUGUCCCGUCCGGCCAGCGGCACGGGCAACUGGUCUGGCUCUGACAGCGGCUACGCCAGCACCCCUCCGCGCCGCGACACCGUGGCCAUCAUGCCAAACUCGCAUGCCGUCAUCCGCUUCAAUGCCUCCAACCCCGGCGUCUGGCUCUUCCAUUGCCACAUCGAGUGGCACGUCGAGAUGGGUCUCACUGCCACCAUUAUCGAGGCCCCUGACCGCCUGCGCGAUUUGUCCUUCCCACAGGACCACCUUGACGCUUGCAGCAAGCUGGGCAUCCCCACAGCUGGUAACGCUGCUGGUAACACUGCCGACCCUACCGACACCUCCGGUAUGGCUACCGUACCGCCGACCGACUACGUCGGUGCUGAGUAUACGGGGUCUGCUUCGUCGGACAGUGACAGUACCAAGAAGCUCAAGGCCCGACGCGAAAGCAGCCCUGCUGCUCCCCAGCCUGUGCCGCACGUGCUCGAUCUAGUGCGUCCGGCAUUCUAA